AUGUUUCACUUACAUAUCUUUGGCCUAAUUUAUAAAAAAAAUUUAUUUUUUAACAGAAACAUGAAAAUUGGUAUCCGUCGCUAUUUUUAUAUGUUUUCGAUUGUUUUAAUAAUUAAUGUAAUUUAUGCUGUGGCUGAUAUUUUUUUUGUUAUACCAUAUUCUGGCGGAGGUGUUCAACAAUUUGUGGAGAUUAAUAAAAUAUUUCCAUUUUUUCAAACUGAAAUGGUUAAUCUGGGAAUUUUGACAAGUCUUCUACUAGCUUUUAUUGAACUUGUCCCAUAUUUUAUAAUUAUUUUUUGUGGGAUUAAAAUGGUCAAAUACGUCAAUGAACAUACUGGACUUGAUCAAGAAAUGAAAAGAUUGUUUAAACAAUUAACAAAAACAUUAAUACUUCUGGUAUGUUUUGAAUUGGGAAAUUAGUUAAAUGUUUGGGUAUGCUUCGUCUGACUUAAUAAUUAAGCAUAAUAAAUCGUAAAUAUUAAAAUUAUCAAUCUUAUUUUAAUUUUUAAGACCUUCUAUAUCCCAGAAUAAAUUUAAUAAGAUAAAAAACGCUAAUACCUCAGAUAGAUUGAUAGGACUUAGAACUGUGCCGAAAUUUCGAUUUUCGAUGAUUUUUUUUUCGAUUUACAAUUUUCGAUUUCGAAUUUUUGGAAAAAUUAGAUUUUGUG